AUGUUGAUGGAGAUGGCAGAGGAAAUUAGAAGAGAGAUUGAUGGAGGUUUGGAGGAUGUGAGGGCGCAGCAUUGGCCUCCGCCUCCGAGUCCUUCAAGCUCUUCGGGUUCCUCUAGGUCUUCAUCUUCAUCUUGGCGGUCGACUUCGAGCUCAAGCUCCUCGACCUCACUCGAUUCUGAUUCUUAUUUUGAUUCUGACUCUGAUUCUAAUUCUGAUUCUAACUCUGACUCUGACUCUGAAUCUGAUUCUGAUUCCGAUUCCGAUUCCGAUUCCGAUUCCGAUUCCGAUUCCGAUUCCGAUUCCGAUUCAAACGGUCCUGGUCACGAUGGUCCUGGUCCUGGUCCUGACGGUCCUGGUCCUAGUCCUGGCUCUGGUUUUGGUCCGAGUUCAUUGUUUUCACCCCCCGACCAGAAAUCUGGGCACGAGACUGCCCCCAAUCCAAAUUCGGGUUUGUGUUCGUGCUCAGGGCACUCAUCAAAUCUAGAAGAGCUAGAAUCGGAAUCAGAUUGGUCACAGUUAUCAGAGUCGUAUUGGGCAGAUCAAUCAGAGUCUGAAGAGUAUUCGACACACGGUUCUGAAGACUUCGAUGAUAUCAAUAACGACUCAGAUCUUGAUAUCGAUUCAGUCUCUACAUCUGAACCGGAAGAUAACCUUUUAUACAUGCACUCUUCCAGCCUGGGCUCUUACUUCUCCAUUAUACGCCCAGGCAAGAGAGCUUGCAAAAGAAUCCUCCUAGAUUCGCGUCUAUCCAAUCCAGAGCUAAUGACCUGCAGAUCUCUGGGAUGCAGUCAAUCUUACAGCUUUGGUCGGGAGCUAAUGAAGCACCAACGUAUGAAGCAUCAUUUGUUCUGCCAUCUUUGCCGUGAAUUCUUCGACACUUAUGAAUCAUUCAUGGAACAUAUUUUCUAUGAGACUCAUGAUGCUCGUAUGCAAUACACUAAGGACAACCUCGGCUCCCCUAGCUUUUCUUCCGGAAAUGAGGAAACUAAUAAAGAUAACGACGACGAGGACGACUACAGCGACAAUCUUUAUUAUUGUCCUUACGAGGGCUGCCAAGUCAGGUUUGGAUUCAAGUUUAUUGACCAUCUCGCCGCUCACAGGCGAAGACAGGAGCAUUGGUAUUGUCAAGCCUGCGAGUUAUUCUUCAACAGCGAUGAAGAAUGGAAUAUGCAUAAUUUGCUAAACAAAAGGGAUCCAUCGACUGAACUCGAUAAGCUUCAUCGAGAUACCGGAAGCAAGGUGAAUGUCACUUUUGUAUCUGCAUCUCAAGAACCCCCUCCUUUCAAUUCUACCCCCGGUUCAGAAUCGACAGAAGAGUCAAGUCAUCCGGCUUCUUCGAGUAUACCCACCCAACAAUCAAAUGCAUCUAUUCUCAGUCAAAGAACUAGCCGCCAAUCCCAUAUUCCGCCAUCAAAUUUAGCAAGAGGAGAUGAAGCCAAUUAUACCACUGCCCCUGCCCCUAGCAUGGCAUCUUCAGAUGUACCUGAACUCAGCAGAUCAACAGAAUUUUCUGGAGGUGAAUCUCCAGCUGAAACUCUAGUCUGCUCAACUGACGAUGAAGAUACAUUAUAUGAUCCUUACACCCCAUAUGUCAGCAGAACUGGGAGCCCUACCACUGAAUCCAACAGCAGCAACGACCAUGAUAGCGAUUCUGAAGAUCCCCACUUCUCUAACAAUCCAAUUACAAGAUCAAAUUCCGAACCCCUCAACCCACCCAGUUCGGGAGACGGAGACAAAGAAGCCCGUCCCAAAAAAUUUAAAUGCAGACACUGCCUUGCCAUGUUCCCCAAUGGGAAAACUUUAUUCGUCCACCUCGCGGCUACCAGACACUUCUUUUCAUCCCAAUACACUUCUUCACCAGGUCGUGUAGAGAACGAGAGUUUAUUCCGAACAAACUGGGAUGCAACUCCUUUCUUAUGUCGCCCCUGUGGAACGCGGUUUAUCAAUGUAGAAGAUCUGGAAGAGCAUUUUUUUAAUCUUCAUGCUAACCGUAAUUUCGCAUGGAUGUGGAACUACUGUGCUUGUGGAAAGUUCUUCGAAAACCGAUGGCAUGAUGUACUUCAUCAUUUGGACAGCGGGUUAUGUGAAAGUGGGAUUGGAGCUGGGUGGAUAGAUAGGAUGGUUGAAAAGGGAGUCAUCAACACUGAAUGGAAAAAUUACUUCUUGGAGACACUUGAGAAACAAGAACAGGAAGGGACGGAAGUGGAAACCAAUCCAUUCUCACACAAGUCUUCGAACAACUGCCAAUGGACUGAAGAUGCUGAAGACAAAAACACUGACGGGGCCUCAACCUCCUCGCUCAGCUCAUCCUCAUUUAUAAACUUCGACUCCUCUUCAAACGGUAACUACACCGGCAGCGACAGCGUCAAAAGCAGUUCAGGAGUCUCCGGCUCCGACGAACGGGAAUCAGAUCCGGGCUCGGAGAAAGGGAAUGCAAACCGCUCUUGCACAGAUACUUCGAGGGAUCGAACGCAAGAUGACCCAAAUGAGACGUGGUAUUUCGUGAACUAUGAUCAAAGCGCUCAUGGGACAGUCGUCCGGAUACAGAGUGCGAGCGACGGGGAUGCUAAUGAAGAGGAUCAUGAGGAGAAUCAUGACUUAAAUGAGAUUGAUCACUUGGUAAAUGCGGCCAAAGAUCUUUUCGGAUCUCUGAAACAAAGAUUGACCCGUAGGGUGAGAUGA